AUGAAUUUUUUCUGCAAAGUUGGUAAAUAAACGUGUUGUUUAAAUAUAGAAAAAGUGUUCCAGAAAAGGGAUAUUCCGAUGUUUCAUACAUAAAGAAUUACCUACAGUUUUUACCUGGUAGUUGUUUCCAGUAUGCCACGCAAUUACAAAAAAAAAGUUGGCGGCAGAACGUAUCGUAAUUGGACAGAUGACCAAUUAAAGGCUGCAAUUGAAGACAUUAAAUCUAAAAGAGAGAGUCUACGUUCAGCUUCUGAAAAGUCUGUUAACAUUUGAUUUCUAUCAUAAUUAAUUUUAAAGUUAUUGUAUAAAAUAUUAGGAGCACAAAGAUAAUGUUAAUCGUUUAAAUUUUCAGAUAUGGGAUCCAUAAAAACACUUUGUGGAAAAAAAUGCAUGGCGAAUUGUCAUCCAAAACAGGCGGACAACCUGUACUAACAGAGGAGGAAGAAAACGUAAUUGUUGCUCAUCUCAUCACUGUUGCAACUUUUGGCUUCCCCUUCACCAUUUUGGAUCUUCGAUUGGUGGUCAAAUCAUACCUUGACAGGUUAGGGCGAAUUGAAAGAAGAUUCCAACGUAACUUACCAGGUAAAGAUUGGGCAGAUUUGUUUUUGAGACGCCAUAAAAAGGAGCUAACUCAGCGGACAGCUCGUCCCAUUUCACGAGUUCGUGCUGCAUUAGAUAAGGAUGUUAUUGUUGAGUAUUUUAACCAUUUAGGCAACAGUAUUGAUGGAGUGCCUCCUUCUCAUAUAUGGAACUAUGAUGAGACGAAUAUAACGGACGACCCUGGAAAUAAGAAAGUACUCGUCAAGAGAGGAACCAAAUAUCCCGAUCAAAUUAAAAAUUCCACUAAGGCUUCAGUUUCUGUAAUGAUGUGUGGGAAUGCAGCAGGGGAAAUGGCCCCACCUUAUGUCACCUACAAGGCUGAAGGACUCUAUCAAAGUUGGACUGAGGGAGGACCACGUGGCACACGCUAUAAUCGCUCGAAAAGUGGUUGGUUUGAUGCUAGGAUAUUUGAGGAUUGGUUUGAGGGAUUGAUGCUCCCUAUACUAAAAAAGCAAGAUGGUGUUAAAAUUUUAAUAGGAGAUAAUUUAAGUUCUCACAUAAAUUAUCAUGUUGUUGAACUGUGUGAAGCUAAUAACAUAAGGUUUGUAGCAUUGCCUCCCAAUUCCACACACUUGUUGCAGCCAUUAGAUGUAGGGUUCUUUAGACCAAUGAAGGGAGCAUGGAGGAACAUUUUAAAUGAAUGGAAAGAAAGUGACCAAGGUAGGAAGCUGAGAACAAUCCCCAAAGAGAGUUUUCCUGUUUUUCUGAAAAUGUUAGUUGAAAAUCUAAAAGAGAAGAGCAGCCAGAAUUUAAAAUCAGGUUUUCAAGCAUGUGGCAUAGUUCCUCUAAAUCAGGACGCUGUUCUCAAAAAACUUGUUGGCAACGAGAUGGCUUCAAGUGAUCUCCGUGAACAUGUGGCAGAGUCCUUUCUGAAUGAGAUGGAAAAGAAAAGAAAAUCAGUUGUUUGUGUUGUGCAAAGGAAAAGGAAGAAAAUUGAUUUGCCACCUGGAAAAGGUUUCACCACCGCUGACAUUCCUCACAUGAUCCAAUCUCAACCUACCACUCUGAUGGAAAUUCAAGAGCAGCAACCUUCCACCUCUGGAGUAGUUCAAGAGAUUCGGCAGAAGCCUCGUCAAACGAGCGGGACAAGGAAAAGGAAGGCCAUAAAAAGGAAACAAAAAGAUUUCUCAUCUGAAGAGGAAGAGGAGAGUGAGAAAAUAAUUGAUGAUGAAAGUGAAGACAGCGUAACAAGCAAUUUUUUUCAAGAUUCUUCUAAUUAUUCUGAGGAGGACAAGUCUGAGGAUGAACAAGAACCCCUCACUCCAGCACCUGUCUCUGAACCGCAGUACGUAAAAGGAGAUUAUGUAGUGGUGACAUAUGAGGGAAAAAAUUAUCCUGGUAUUGUCAUUGACCUGGAUGAUGAUGAUAUUCAUGUAUCGACUAUGAUUCCCGGUGGAAAGUACUGGAAAUGGCCAGAAAAAGUCGAUUCAAUUUGGUACAAACGUCAUGCUGUUUUAUUCAAAGUUCCCCCACCUCGACAAAUAAGUAAAAGAGCAGUGUUUUGCAUAGACAUGAAGCCUUAAAUACACGUUGAUGAAUUGUAAACAUUUUGUAUUAACUUUAUAAUUGUAUUGUGUCAAUGUAUGGUCUGUAUCAGUAAAUCACUGUAUCGUAGUUCAUUGUAUUAAGCUAAAAUGUUUUUGUGUAUGUUUAACUUUAUUUUUUCUUCAAUGAACAUGUGUUUUGUGGUCUAAAAUAUAUUGAUUACUUAUUUUUGUAAAGCAAAAUGUAAUUUAUGGGGUUAGAAUGUGACACUACUAACUUAGCAGCAAAUAUAAUACAAUAUUGCUAACGUCACAUUCUCACCCCACUCAUUGGGGUGAGAAUGUGACAAACAAUUGUUUUAAUAAAAACAUUUUAAAUACAUUUUUGAAAAUAUCAAUUUUCAGAAAAGUAAGAAAAAGGUGUUAUCCAUCAUAAAUAAAAUUUUCAGUCCAUAAAUAUAAAUACUGUAGUUAGGGCAAGUCAAAAACUAAGAAACCUGUCACAUUCUCACCCCGUUUUACGGUAAUAAAAAAGGUUUUUUUAAUUAUGUGUAAUACAUGUAUAACAAAUAUCAUAAGUUAAGUUAAUAGAGUACAAAAGCAAUAAGAAAGUGGUUUUCUAUAGCCUGUUUUCUAAAUGGGGACCAGAUUCCUUGUUCCUGAAAACAACAAAAAAAAAAAAACAAUUUGUGCAUGUACUUACAUAAGCGCAUUAGUUACAAGUUAUAUGUACUUACUUGGCGUGAUUAAAAAAAAA